AUGCCCGUCCACGAGAUUAAAAGUAUGUCUGAGUUCCUCGAGAAGAUCCUCACCUCCUCGGAUCUUGUCGUCCUCGAUUGCUUCGCUGAAUGGUGUGGGCCCUGCAAGGCUAUUGCUCCCUUGAUCGAGCAAUGGAGCAAUGAAAACACGCACAUCAAGUUUUACAAGGUCGACGUCGACAAGGCGGAUGAUGUGGCCCAGGAAUUGAAUGUUCGCGCAAUGCCUACAUUUAUGUUUUUCAAAGGAGGAGAAAAAGUCACGGAAGUGGUCGGUGCCGACCAGGCGCAGAUUGCGAAUGGCAUCAAGCUCCUCACUGCUUAA